UGUCAGGUGAAAAUGAAACAGAAAGUAAAACAGAGUUGACGCGAGUCACUUCGGAGUUGUUCUUCUUUUGGUCUUAUUAUUCAGGCUGUGGGAUGUGGGGAAAUGGCUGAGAAAAGUCAUCGGAUAGAAGAAUGUUCCGGGGACCACCAGGGGGCAGCACUGAACACAAAUCAACCUGUGGACAUAUCCACAAAGAGUGACCGGUCUAAAGGCGGCGUUCCAAACUUCAGAGAUGGGCCUUCUCCUUCAGAUUCAUCACACAGGUCUACAUCCACAGUGUCCAGUGCUCUGUCCAUGAAGAGUGACCGUUCUAAAGGUGGAGUUCCAAACUUCAGUCCUGAACCUGCUCCUUCCCACUCACGAAAAAAGUCAUUACGAGGCUCUGGGCCCGAAAGUCAGGACAAAGACAUGACAAAUAAAAAUCAGGUCUACAGGACUAGACGAGGUAAAACAGAUGUUUCUCUCACAGCAGGUGAAGAGCUCCAGAAAGUUCUGCAGGACCAUAAGCUGAGCCUGAGCCGCAGAUGUGGGAGUGUGACAGAGGGAACUGAAGGAGCAGGAAGUAAAACUCCUCUGAACAGGAUCUAUACUGAGCUGUACAUCGUAGAGGGUCUCAGUGAAGAGGUCACAGUCCAGCAUGAGGAGAGGUGUCUGGAGAAACUCUCCAAGAAGACUGUCCAGGAAACCUCCAUCAGGUGUCACGACAUCUUUAAAGCACUGUCCACAGAGGAGCAGCAGGGGGCGUCACAGCAGGAGGAGCAGAGGUCCAUCAGAGCCGUGCUGACCUGCGGCGUGGCUGGAGUGGGGAAGACUUUCUCAGUCCUGAAGUUCUCUCUGGACUGGGCCCAGGGCUUAGAGAACCAGGAGCUGGACCUGGUGCUGCUGCUGUCCUUCAGAGAGCUGAACCUGGUCAGAGGGGGGAGCUACAGUCUGAUGGAGCUGAUACAAGUAUUCCAUCCAGCGCUGGCAAAACAGACGCUCACAGCACACACUCUGUCCUUCUCUAAACUCCUGUUCAUCUUCGACGGCCUCGACGAGAGCAGACUGUGUCUGAACUUUGACUCUGAGGUCAUCUCUGAGGUCACACAGAGGUCAGAGGUCAGCGUGCUCUUAGUGAACCUCAUCAAAGGCACUUUACUUCCUACUGCCCUUAUAUGGAUCACCUGCAGACCAGCAGCAGCCAAUCAGAUCCCAGGAUAUUAUGUGCACAGGAUGACAGAGGUCAGGGGCUUCAUCACUGACCAUCAGAAGGAGCAGUACUUCAGGAAGAGGUUCACAGAUGAAGAGCAGUGUAAGACAGUCCUGUCCCACAUCAGAACCUCCCGCAGCCUCCACAACAUGUGCCAGAUCCCAGUCUUCUGCUGGAUCACAGCCACAGUCCUGGACCACAUGUUGAAAACCAAUCAGAGAGGAGCGCUGCCCCAGACACUCAGCGACAUGUACGCCCACUUCCUGUUGGUGCAGACAAGGAGGAAGAGGAAGUACCAACCCAGAUCUCACACCAGACCAGAGGACAAACAACCAAGAUCUGAGCCUGGUCCACAGAGGAAGAGAAUGAAACUUAUGCCAUCAGCACAGACAGAGUUGCAGCAGGAGCAGAGGCCAGAGACAAAACUGGUGCUGACAAAGACAGAAGCAAACAUCCUCCUGAAGCUGGGCAAACUGGCCUUUGAACAUCUGCACAAAAGAAACAUCAUGUUCUACAAGGAAGACCUGGAGGAGGUGGGUCUGGACCUGACCGAGGCCUCAGUCUACUCAGGACUCUGCACAGAGAUCUUCAAACGAGAGAGUGUCCUCUUCAACAAAUCAGUCUACUGCUUCAUCCACCUGAGUGUCCAGGAGUUUAUGGCAGCAGUUUACCUGCUCCACUGCUUUAGAAUUGACACACAUGUCAUUCAGAGCUUUCUUGGUAAAAAGACAAUAAAAAAUUUAAGUGCAAGUGAGUUUCUCAAACAAUCUCUUAACAUAUCCCUGAGGAGUUCAAAUGGCCAUCUGGACCUGUUUGUGCGCUUCCUUCAUGGCCUCAGUCUGGAAUCCAACCAGAGAUUUUUAAAAGGUCUGCUGAGUCCAAUAAACCAAUCAGAAAUUCCCAAAGUCACAAACCUUAAAAGGAUGAGCUCGACGGAAGUCUCUCCGUGCCAAAGCAUCAACAUCUUCCACUGUCUGAUGGAAAUGAAGGACCAGUCAUUCCUGCAGCAGAUCCAGGACCUCUUGGGGUCUAGAGAAAGAUCUCAGAAGCAACUGUCUCAGUUCCAGUGUUCGACUCUUGCCUACAUGCUGCAGAUGUCAGAGCAGGUCCUGGAGGAACUGGACGCAGAGAAGUACAACACGUCUGAUUGGGGUCGACUGAAUCUGAUCCCAGCGGUGAGGAACUGCAGGAAAGCUCGGUUUGUUAAGUGUGUACUCUCAGAGAGUCACUGGGAGGUGAUUUCCUCAGCACUGAAGAUGAGCCCCUCACAUCUGAGAGAGCUGUAUCUGAAUACUAAUAAUCUGACUGACUCCUGUGUUUCUCUGCUGUGUGCCGGACUGCAGAGUUCUCACUGUAAACUCUCCUCUCUCAGAUUGAGGGACUGUGGUUUGUCAGAGAUGAGCUGUUUCUCUCUGGCCUCAGCUCUGAAGUCCAACCCCUCACACCUCACAGAACUGGACCUCAGUUAUAACAGCCUGUAUGAUUCAGGAGUGUCUCAUCUGUGUGGUUUUCUACAGAGUCCAGAGUGUCGACUGGAGACUCUCGGAUUGAAGGGCUGUGGUUUGUCAGAGAUGAGCUGUUCCUCUCUAGCCUCAGCUCUGGAGUCCAACCCCUCACACCUCACAGAACUGGACCUGGGUCGUAACGCACUGUCUGAUUCAGGAGUGUCUCAUCUAUGGAGUUUUCUGCGGCGUCCAGACUGUCGACUGGAGUCUCUCAGAUUGGAGCUCUGUAACUUGUCAAAAAUGAGCUGUUUCUAUCUGGCCCUUGCUCUGAAAUCCAACCUCACAGAACUGGAUCUGAGUCUUAACCCACGCCUGUCUGAUUCAGGAGUGUCUCAUCUGUGUGGUUUUCUGCAGAGUCCAAUCUGUCGACUGGAGUCUCUCAGAUUGAGGAACUGUGCUUUGACAGACAAGAGCUGUUCCUCUCUGGCCUCAGCUCUGAAGUCCAACCCCUCACACCUGACAGAACUGGAUUUGAGAGAAGAACCUAAGCCUGUCUGAUUCAGGAGUGUCUCAUCUGUGUGAUUUUCUACAGAGUCCAGACUGUCAGCUUCAGACUAUCAGGUGGAGGAAUAUUUGCCUGACAAUGGAUUAGGAUGGCAUUGUUACAUUUCAUGGCGAUAUUUCCUGUAUAUGAAUGUACAAGGAACUGGAGGGGUGGCACUGUCAGGCAAGAGGCCUGUGAGUCCACAGCUCGUGUGCAGAAUCUUUGGAUGGAGCCUGGAGCAGUAAUAUGAUUUAUUUUGAUCUUGAUUUUGAAUGCUUGUUCCAAUUUUCCUUCUGCUCAUGACCUUUUUGUUGCAACACUGUAAAUUGUGGGUCAAAUUAAGGUUUAUCUUAUCAAAAAACAUGGAUUUGUAUUUAUUAAUACUUAAUUACAGUAUUACAAAUCUCUUUCCUUUAAAAUAAUACUCAGAGCGCAGUCUCACGUUGCAUUUAAAUGUAUUGUGUUGUACCUGAUUCAGUUUUGCAUUGCAUUUUAAAAAAAAUCUAGCUCCACUGUUACGGCCACAGGCUUUCAGCUCCUCCUGCAGCCGUAUCUGUUUAAGGCUGAAUUCCAUUACACCCCUUGGCCGUACCACUUUCUCCCACCCACUUCGUUUUGUGCGUUCACGUGUAUGGGUGGGGUGUCCCAGUUACUGUUAUGGCAGAGGGGAGGGGAAACUGGUGGGACUAUAUACCCUUCCAAAUGAAGAUUUUUCAGUCGCACACUCCAAUUUCCCAAAAUGCCUUGUGAAUCACAGGCAAGAUGGCAAAAGCUUGUUGCGUCUGCUUGCGUAAAAACGGGCAAAGACUCCUGAUGAUGUAUGUGACUGUUGAAGGGGUGUAACAAUUCGUUGGGGUUUGAAAAUUGUUCACAAAAUUUACCCUACUAAUUUACUCAUAGCCAAAUUCAAGGAAAUCAAAACAUAUUGCACCUUUUGCCGUAGCGAAGAAGAAACCCUCCCCAUCUCUUUUAUUACUGUAAAUACUCAAAGGAACUGUGGUCAGAUUUAGAGACACUUAUCCUGCAAAAAAACAUCCAUUAGAAUUCAUGUGGACUGCUCAAGAAUAAUAACCCAUUUCCAUCCUAAACAAUAUAAAUUUGAAUAUUUAGUAAACUUAGUCAUUCUAUUUUGAAAUUUCAUAUCCAUAAAUCCAAAUUCUCUAAUCUCUAAUUCCAGAGCCCUUUUCAAAAUCAUUAUCCUACACAUCAAGGAUUAUCUUCAAACUCUAAACAAUAUUUGUAACAUUAAAUCCAUCAAAACACUAAAUAUUUCAAAGGAAUUGGGAUUUUAUUUUUAAGCACUUUCUCAGUUUUUUUUAUUCAUUUUUUUGUACGCAUUACUGCCUCAAUUUAAGUUUACAUGUUUGUCAAACUUUUUUUGCUCUGUUUUGGCUUUAAUGUAUGUAUGUAUGUAUGUAUGUAUGUAUGUAUGUAUGUAUGUAUGUAUGUAUGUAUGUAUGUGCAUACAUAUAUUUCUCUCUCCACUCUCCUUUUUCCACAUUACCUUUUAAGUAAAUUAUAACUUUAGUUUUACCAUUUUACACCUUGGUUCUUGUGUUACUUCCCUUGUUAUCAGAGCUGAGUCACAACAUUGAACUUAAAGAGAUGUUUUUGGAAUUCAUUUUUCUCACACUAGUUCAUAAAAAAAAUCUCUUAGAGUUUCUACAUUCGCCAAUUUGUUCACUCUUUUCUGUCUUUUUAAAAAAAACAUUUAAAUAGAUUUUUGUCUUCACACUACACAUGAGUAAUUUAGUACUUUACUUUCAUCCUGUCUUUGUUUGAAAUGUCUGACCUGGAAAAACCUGGCACUUGACAGUCGCAGGUUAAGACCAUUUUGUAUGUGGAGCGCCAUCAAAGCAAAAUCCCGAUCCCUCACUCAACCUCGGUUACGAAUUUAAAAGUCAACGCCAAAGCGAAAGGCACCAGCUGUUCACCAAGAAACACCUUCCACUGCAAAGAGACCAAGACGUGAUGUUGCUGUAAAACCACAAGAACAAGAAAGUGCGAGCUCAGCCUGUUUGUUUUCUGUACCUCUCGCUUAACGGGAUCCCACUUUGAUGGCGCUCCAUUUACAAAAUGUUCACUGCAAACUUGGGAUGAUUUAGGCAGUCAGAGAUUUCCUUUUUCGUGUAUCAAUACUGUCCAUCGCCUUCGCCUUUCACUAUUUUUCAAUUCCGUUGGGAAGGGAAACAGUUUGAACAGAGGUUUGCAGUCACACACGUCUGAUUCCCUUUUGCAUUUAUGGAGUUUGCAAACAAAACUAAAAUAUGACAAUAUCAGAACCAGAAAUAAAAGCGAUAUGGUUCAAAAGACUAGAAAAGACUGGCUUUGUCAAUAGACACACCCCACUGGGAAAUCAAACAUGGCGGGUUGAUGCUUACUUUUUCAGAGAAUCUUCCAAAUAUGCACUGUGCAAUGACCGGAAGUCCGAAAUUCUUGAUGUGUCUAUAGACCUCCAUUGAGUUGCUCCGAUUCACCGCACUCAAAUUCCAAACACAUGACUUAAAUAAAGUGAUAUGAGCACAUUUAACGUGAUAAAAAUAUGUCUAUGCAGAUACAGGUUCAAGUUUAAACAAAUAUUAAACAUAUAGCCCAAUACAAAAUGACUUUAUAAUUUUUUUUUAUUUUUUUAAUCUAUGUCAAGUUAGGGAGUGCGGCACACUGGCGCCCUCUAUUGACCAGCUGUCACUGGUACAAAUAGAAGUCUCACAUUUUUCUCUUGUUUAUCCAGGAUACAACCAACUCAACAACGGUCAGGGUUAAAUCUUUUAUUAACAUGUGUCAAUGAUUUUUUUUUUCUCAUCCUUUGUUAAACUGAAAAAAGCAUUCACAAAAUCAAAUCACUUAUAUUAGAUACACAUAUGAACACAGUCAGAACAUGUCGAUGCCGAGUGACCAGGAGAAAAGUCUGUGGUUUAAAGAGGUCAGAUUAUAAUUUUACAGAUUAUAGAGUAGUUGACACAGCACAGUGUUUGAGAUAGAAAUAAUUGAUACAUUCCAAAUUAUGAAAAUAUUGUAGAUGAUUAAACAAAUACUGGUUUGAGUAAAAGUUGGGAGACAUCUUUGCUAAGGACUACUUUGGAUGAUUAAUGCACGAUACGUUGAGUUUGCCCGUGUGACACAAGCAUAACGGCAAUGUGGUGACAAAAGAACGAACGACCACUCCCACUGAAUAAUUAUAAUGACUGGAAUGUUUGCAAUACGACACUGUCCACUUGUCCUAAUCGCUUUAAAGCCGCAAUGUGUAACUUUUCUGCUUCAUGGAGAUGUCGGAACGUGAAAUAAACAUGACAUUAAACAUUUCUUUCUCGCAUUCAUCCAAUUCCAGGUGUAUUUGUUGUGGAAAGUUUCGAAAUUCAGAUACUAAUCGAAACUAAAACUAGUAUCGAAACUAUUCACACAUUCACACUACAGAAGUAAGCAUUUUUGUGUAUAUUUAGAAUAAUCUUGAGCCGUAUCAGAACAAGUAUAAGAGCUCGUAGAGCGUGGAAACAAUUUGGACGACUGGGGGAUUACACAGAUGUAAGAACAUAUGGGAAUAAACAAGAAAGUACCAUUUAAUGUUCAAAAUCACAUUCUGUUGAGUGUUAUUAAUUAUCAUGUAGGAACGUAAUGUGAACUGAGUAUCAAGUUUAUUCCUUAGUAUUAAAAUAAAUCAAGUUUCAAGCUUUUAUUGUUCAUUAAAAACAAACAAAGCAUUCUGGACUGGUCAGAAAUUACAAAUGAAAUUCGAAAAAUAGAAAACAACAAAACAAAACAUUUGGAUUUAAUUUAAAAACGGACCUCUUUGAUAAACUCAAUGCGACUCAUACGCUGGACAUAAUGUGCCGUAACGUUAUUUAAAUUGAAAUGUAAUCUGUAAUCAGGAUGCUGUUUGUCUAAUUUGUUCCCUCGCUAUAUCGUGUGUUAAAUCCUUUUUUUUCUCUUUUCAGAAAUGCUAUAAAAAACAAAA